UCAUAGAAUCAUAAACAAAUUUAAGUGGGACAGGACCUUAGGAGGUCAUCUUGCCCAACCUCAUGCUCAUAUGUAUAUUUGUGCAUUCAAAAAGGAAACCAGUAUUUCGAACUCUGAAAAAUGCCAAGGUUUACUUCCACAAAUGUGUAUUGCCCCUCAUUCACAGCAGGUGGCGCUUGAAUACCCGAAAUGCAUUAUUUAUUUAGUGCCGUUGCAGUUUUAAACCUGAGGUUGUGUAUAACCCCAGUGACAAUGUCUUCUGAUACAAACGGUUUAAAAGCAGAGUGAUAGCUCAUAAAAUGGAGGGGGAAAGAAAAAGCAAGAAGGGAAUUGUUCAAAACUAUAGGGUGGAAUGACUGCAAUCUUCAUUUCCUUGGGAUAAUCAUGAUUCAGGAAAGAAUGUGAUGACUGUUCUUAAUGUCCUCUUCUUAGUAGGAGGGACUUUCCAGAAUUGUAUUCCUAACAAAUGCAUCUAAAUGUAACAAAAAUGUGUAAUAAUGUGAAUAAAAUCAAUAUAAGGAAGUAAUUAGUUCACGGAAGAGCAGAAAUGGCCAAUUCUCUUUACACAGAAGCCAAAAGUGCUGAUGAAUUACCAUUUUAUUUUUGAUGCUUUUUAUCUUUUGCAGGAAAGGUGCUUCAGUUCUCCUGUGCCUAACUCAACAGAAUUUCAGUCAGGAACAUGUUGCUAACUUCUCAGUUUAAUCCAGCAGAACCAUGAAUUCAAUUUACCCUAUCUAACAGAACACAAGGAUUUUAGCAGUGAUUUUAUAUUUAUGCUGACUGUCUACUAUAGUUACUAAAACAGAGUUAGGCACCAACUGUAGUAUUUAAGGCAUAAGUGAUCAGUUCAGACCACUAAUAAUGCACACCUGAUAGGCAGGCCUUGGCACCCUGUAUAGUUAAUGGAGAAAGUAGGUGCAAUCCCUCAGGCAUUCUUUAUAGAUAGUUAGGACACUGUGCACCAUGAAUAGCUAGUACAUAUUUCAGAAGCAUCUCUUUGUACUUCUCUGUUCUCUGAACUAGUAGUAACUGCCUCCCAGUGCUUGAUAAUCCCUCCCAUCUUAUUUUAAAGAUGUUUUGUUUUUUCCAGAAAAAUCACUAGCAGGAAGGAGUAAAUGUUAAUGAAAACGCCCUAGGAGAGUGAAAAUAGACAUUUCAAUGAAAAAGGAUGAUAAGGUGAUGAGGAAAUGUUUACCUGUGAGUACAUUUUUCUGGAUAUAUCCUGCCUGACAAUUUCUCUGACUGAUGCUGGUUUUUGGUCUGAUAGUCAUGAUGCCAGAGAACAGGAGUAAGGAGGAAGACUAUGUGAUGUAAAAAUAUGGUGAGGUUAUAAUCACGAGUAAAGCCUCAAGAGCAUGGAGAGAACAGUACCCAGUGGGAGGCUGAUAAGGAGACAACAAGGAAUUCCAGAGCUCUGCUUCUUGCUGAAGUGAGAAGCUUUGGAGGUGUGUGGAGGAAUUCCCUGGCUUGGAAGACCACGGUGUGGUCAGCAACAGGCUGGCAGACAGACAUGCGGCAGGAGGAAGCGCCACACGGCUAUUGCUGCUCCCCUUGCUGGGUGCUGCUGGCUCGCUCACGUCUCUUCCUAUUGUGGAGGAACAUGCUCAGACUCCAUGUGGAGAGAUAUUGCAUGUGGAGAGGAAGCCUGAAGAGGCAACUGAGGCAGAAUUAGCAGAGACUUCUGAAGCUGACGUGCACCUGUCACGCUUUCAGUGUCUUUAUCCCCAGGAAGGAAACGGAGUAUGGCUGCGUCAGUCUCUAAUAGGAGGAAGAGGAAAUACAGGAUUGUUUGCUAUAAAUGAGGGAGCUGUUAUUGGUUUGUGUUUCCCCGUCUCAGCUUGUUCAUACUUGAGCAGUGGAUGGGCGUCAGUGCUUCUGCAUUUGGGCAUGAGGCUGCCUGUGCAGAAACAUUUCCUUACAGAUGUCUUCAGAAAUUAUCAGAGAUGAAGACAGAACAGUAAUUCUAAUUUACCGAAGGCUACAUAAAAGAUGGAGAAAGCAAAUGCUGUGAAGAAAGCAAACGAGGUAGAAUAAGUGGAAAGGAUUGAGAGCUUACAGGAGGAGCAGCCCAUCGGGAGAGAGAAAAAGCGUGAAAUUUCUCGUUACUCUUCCCAGCCGCGGUCCUGAUCGUGGAGAGCUCCCAGCUAGACAGCUCCAGCUCCAAGGUGAACUCCAUCAAGUCCACCCUGAUGGGGGAGGCUCCAACUCAGGCAACCAACAGAUCUGCAGGCAUCCACCAGGGACUGACGCUUGCUAGCAGUAAGAAGGGCAAAAUGCUAGAACAGAUGGGAAAACCACCAAAGCACUAUCACCGGCAAGGAGAGGCCUAUCCUUGCACCAAUGAUAAAGAAUGUGAAGUUGGGCGAUACUGUCACAGUCCUCAUCAAGCAACAUCUGCGUGCAUGAUAUGCAGGAGGAAGAAGAAGCGUUGCCACAGAGAUGGCAUGUGCUGCCCUGGGAAUCGCUGCAACAACGGUAUUUGCAUACCAGUAACCGAAAGCAUCCUUACACCUCACAUCCCUGCUCUAGAAGGACCACGCAACAAGAAGAACGGUCAUUACACUAGCAAGGAUUUGGGAUGGCAAAAUUUAGGGAGGCCACAGUCCAAACUGUCACACAUAAAAGGACACGAAGGAGACCCUUGCCUACGGUCGUCUGAUUGUAUUGAGGGACACUGCUGCGCUCGCCAUUUCUGGACCAAAAUUUGCAAGCCUGUAUUGCAUCAGGGUGAGGUAUGCACCAAACAGCGCAAGAAAGGCUCCCAUGGACUGGAGAUUUUCCAACGAUGUGACUGCGCUAAAGGGCUGUCUUGCAAAGUAUGGAAGGAUGCAACCUCCUCUUCUAAAUCAAGACUUCACGUGUGUCAGAAAAUCUGAAUGAAGAUUGGGAAG